GAACAGAACCAUAUAUCAAGUCUGUAGAAGCUAUUAGUGAAAGUAAGAAAGUGUCAGCUGAAAGUAGAAAAAAGUGGAUUGAAGAAUAUUCUGAAAUUGAGCGUGAAAGAUUUAAGUUGAAAAAAAAAUAUAGAGAAUUAGAAUAUCAAUUAAAAACAGAGGAA